UCAUAAUUGUUAUUGUAAAAUGCUCCAAUGACCACAGUUGCAACACUCCAAGCCUUUCACUUGUUGGUUUCGUCGAAGUCAAGUCGAAAAGUCUCCGAUAUCACCGAGCGCAAGUGUCGUAGAGUUGCUCUGCUUUUCCUGCGAUUUUCCCCAAUUUCCCUCAGUCGUAGUCGGGAGGUCGUGGAGUGAAGUGAGAAAUGAUGAAUGUGAACGAGAUCCUCAACUACAAGCGCAAGGAGGAGGAGGAUUAUUACGCGAUUUUGGGAUGUGACGAAAAUUCGACGGUGGAACAAAUUACCACUGAAUAUAAAGUCCGGGCUUUGCAGUGCCACCCCGAUAAGAAUGAUGGCGAUAAAGAGGCCGAGCAGAAGUUCCAACUGUUGAAGGAAGCUAAAGAGAUUCUGUGUGAUCCUGAAAAACGUGCCAACUACGAUAAAUGGCGAAACAGCGGCAUUUCAAUAAGCUACAAACAGUGGCUCGGUAUGAAAGAACACGUCCAUCAGUCAAUGCAUUGGAGCACCCCUAAAACGAAAGAUCGCAUGUUGGAGACCGGGGGCUCGUCGGGCCCUUCCAGUUUGGGGGCGGGAGGAAUCAGUGCCGCUCAAAGACGGGCCUCGGAGGGGGGCGCUAAUCUGCAUUGGGGGGGCAAAGGCACGGGAUCGGCUUGGGGCAGCAACGCCCCCAGUGAGGUUGUCAGUAAAUUCCGAAAUUAUGAGAUUUAAAUGUAGAUGUUUAUUGUGUAUUUAUGUGAUCUUUAGUUAGACGGAUGUAUCAUUGGGUGUUGUGGGGACUUCACCCUGAAUCCUAAGACCUGUUUGAUGUCUCAAACUUGACUCUUGACUCUAGAUCGACCUUGUCGGUGUUGGCAUUGCAAUGACAUCGGUAAUCAAAAUUUUUAGAAAAUUUUUGCGUUUAUUGGCAAUUUUUAGACAAUCGAAAUUAGCUUUUCGAUUUCAAAUCAAUUGGACCAAAUUAAUGGAUUGGGUGUUGGGUUCUAUUGAAAAAUCCCUCAAAUUUGUUGUGAUAUGAUAUUAGUUUUUUAUGGAGGGAUAUAUGCUAUUGCAAAAACCGUGCAUGCUCUAUUUAUUAGUUUUGCUGAAUAUACAGGAUGUUAGAAAAACAAUACAUUUAAAAAAUGGUGUAUCAUUUUUCCACCACCCUAUAUACUAUUGUUCUAUUCAAUUAAAUGGAAAGUACUCAUAUCCUUUAUUAUCAGGGUAAAUGCACAAUCAUCCGUACUCCCUUUACACUAUAUAUUUUGAUAAAUGUUUUAAACAACAUAUUUUAAAUAAGUGUUAUCAAUCAAAUAUAAUCUAUUUAUAAAUGUUAAAUGGAAAUAAAAAUUAUCAUAUGACGCAA